AUGCGGGGAGCGGCCACGGAGCUCACCAACAUGUCGGCCAGCGCAGCGGAGGAGCGGGGCGGUUUGGAGGCUGCGGUGCUGGGUCGUCUCCGUCUGCUCCGGGAGCGCUGGAUGCGGGGGCCCCGAGAACGCGGUGGUACUGACCCCUUUGCAGGUCCCCUGCCUCCAGCGCGCCCAGAGGACGCAGAGGAAGUGAUCACCCUGCAGAUACUGCCGAUUGAUGUGCAGCUGCACAUCAUGUCCUUCCUUUCACCCCAAGAUUUGUGCCAUUUGGGAAGCACGAGUUGUUACUGGAGGGCAGCUGUACAAGAUCCGUUGUUGUGGAGGUAUUUUCUCAUGAGGGAUCUCCCCUUUUGGACAUCCAUUGACUGGAAAUCGCUCCCAGAUGUGGAGAUAUUUAACAAAGCCUUUUCAGAGGUCAGCGAUAAUGAGCUGUAUGAUUACAUGGCAAUAUACAAGAAAAGCUGUCCUCAGAACAGAAGAAGUUUGAAAUCGAGCCGUCCCCGGUAUGAGGCUGUGACUUCAUUUUUGCAGUCGCUGGUCACUCAGGCAGAGCCUCGCUUUGCUAUGUUUGGGCCAGGUUUGGAGGAGCUGGACAAUUCCUUAGUGCAAAAGAUGAUGACAUGCCCAGAUAUUCUGCUGGUAGCUGGACUACCUCAAAGACAAAUUCAUGGAAUUGGAUCAGGAGUCAGUUUCCAGUUUAAUAACAAUCAAAAAUUCAAUAUUUUGACAUUGUACUCAACCACCAGUGCAGAAAGAAGGAGAGCAAGAGAGGAGCAAGCUGUUGCUGUGAAUAAGAUGUUCUACCAAGAGAACCAAGGGAAUCAGCAAGCUGUGCAGUACAGUGUAAUAGAUCAAGUGAAAAAGGUCUGCGAAGUAGUUGAUGGAUUCAUUUAUGUUGCUAAUGCAGAAUCCCAUAAAAAGCAUGAUCGUCAAGAGGAACUGGCUCGCAUUUUGGCCAUGAUCGAUCCAGCCCUUGGACCUGGGAACAGACCUCUGCUGGUUCUGUCUUGUGUCUCUCACGCUGAUGUGAAGAGAAUUCCGUGUGUUUACAUGGCACAUCAGUUGCAACUAAGUCUGAUACAUCAGCCCUGGAUGGUGCAGGACACCAUAGCUGCAACUUUAGCUGGAUUGGUAAAUGGAAUUGAAUGGCUUCUGGAAGAAGCAAAUUGUAAAAAUGCACAGUAAUCUGCCUGUGCGUUGCUUUAUUGUACAGAGACUGAUGUUAUUCAGUUGGGGUGAAGGAGUGAAUCUAGUCCUGGCAGCAGAGAGAUUUAAAAGGCAAAUAAGCAUAUAUAUCUAUAUAACUCAUAUAUACAUUGUUCCAGUGAGCUCUUUGGGAUCCAGGAAGUGCACACACGCAUGGGUACCCCUCUCUGGGUACAGUUUCAGCAAUUUGUUAUAGCUCAAGUACUAAAAUAAUUAGGAGAUGCACUGGAAACUACAGUGGUGAAUAAGAUACAGCAAUGCCAAGUAAUUCUGUUGAUCAAAGAGCAGGUUAUAAUCAUCCUAUCCAAUUAACCAGCAAUACUCCUGACAUGUGUAGAUCGCAGAGCCGGCAGGCACUUUUCUUGGAUGGGCGUCCCCAUCAGGAACUGCACUAUCAUGCAGGCUAGAUGUUAGGAGGAAGUUGUUGCCAGAGAGAGUGAUUGGCAUUGGAAUGGGCUGCCCAGGGAGGUG